AUGGCAAUGGAGGUCAUUAUCCGAGCCUCAAAGUGGGUUGUAGGUGGUCAGCGGGUUGGCUCCGGUCCGCGUCUCCCGCCGCUCAGAGCGUACAUGGAUGACAUCACAACGCUGACAACCACUGUUCCAUGCACCAGGAGGCUGCUCAGAAAGCUGGAAGAGAACAUCAGUUGGGCCCGCAUGAAGAUCAAACCAUCCAAGUCACGAAGCAUCUCAAUUGUAAAGGGAGUGCUCUCUGACCUGAAAUUCUUCAUCGGAGAUGACCCAAUCCCAACAGUGUCCGAGCAGCCUGUAAAAAGCCUUGGCAGGUGGUAUGAUGCAACUCUGAAGGACAAAGACCAAGUGCAACAACUGUGCAAGGACUUCAGCA